GCUCAGACAGUCCCGUCAGGUCCACCCCGGCCGUCCUCGCCGCAGCCGAACAAUAGCCGCCGGCGCCGCCCCCCGUCGAGCCGCGCCCUUGGGGCCCGCGGCGCCGCCACCCAUGGCGACGAAGCAGCCGCCGCUGUCUUCUUCCACAUCGGGGGCCGGGGUGUCCAUGAAGGACUACCUCAGGCGGUACCAGUCGGGCCCCGCCGCCGCCGGCGACCAGAAGAAGGCCAAGAAGAAGAAGAAGAACCCCAAGCCCUCCGCCGGAGGGGUGCUAAUCGUCGACGAGGACCCCGUGUGGCAGAAGCCGGUGCAGAUCGAGGAGGACGAGCCGUCGUCAGGGGACGAGAAGCCUCAGGUGAACGAGGACAUCGAGGUGAAGCGGAUGCGGCGCAUGGAGGCGAUCCGCGCGGCCCGGCCCUACAACUCCAUCGCUAACGACGGCAGUGGGUGGGUCACUUUGCCUGUUCCGGAGCCUGCGGGUAGUGGCUCGCCCCGCCGCCGCCGCCGGAAUGACACGCCGUCGCCUGAGAGGGGAGGUGGCGCCGCCGGUAGGAAGGAGGACCUCUCUCCCCCGCGGCGAAGGCAGCGGCAGGACACGCCAUCUCCUAAGCGUGGAGGUGCUGCAGGGAGCGACAUUUCGCCGCCUAGGCAGAGGCAGAGGCAAAGGCGGCUCGACACACCCUCACCGGAGGGCAAGGGUACAGGAGAGGGAGGUGAUCUGUCACCACCACGGAAGUCGAGGCGGCAGGACGAUCUCUCUCCUCCUAGGAGACGAGCUCGCCAUGAUUCCGAGGAACCCCAGGACAUCUCACCACCACGAAAGUCGAGGCAGCAAGACGAUCUCUCUCCACCAAGGAGACGAGCUCGCCAUGAUUCCGAGGAACCUCAGGACAUCUCACCACCACGGAGGCGCACGAGGCACGACUCGGAGGAGCCUCAGAACCGGUCCCCCCCUCGGCGCCGAGCACGGCAUGAUUCAGAGGAGCCCGGAGACAUCUCUCCGCCACGAAGACGGAACCGCCAGGACUCUGCACAGCUGGACGACCUGUCACUCGCAAGAAGACAAAAUUUGGGACAGAGCCUGGGAGAUGGGGAUAUUUCUCCACCAAGGAAGGGUCGGAAGUCUGGAUCAGAUGAUUUAUCUCCACCUCGUAAGGGGAGAGACACUUCUCCAAGGAAGGUUAGAAAGGAAGGAGCUCCGAAAGAGACAAGGAGAGCUGGGUUGAUGUCAGCAGAGGAAGUUAAAGAGGACAUCAAAAAGAUUAAGGAGGAUGAGAAGCUCAAGUUUGCAGCACAGGACCCUUCGUUCACUGGUAAAGGGGCAAAGGUAGUGUUCCGAGACAAGGAAGGAAAAAGGAUAAAUCAAGAAGACAUACAGAAGGCAAAGAAAGACGAGAAGCCAAAGGAAAAACAUAUAGAAUGGGGUAAAGGGUUGGUGCAGAAACGAGCAGCUGAGGCUCGAGUGGAGGAGCUUGAAAAGGAGAAGGAUCAGCCAUUUGCGAGAACAAGGGAUGAUCCUGAGCUUGACAGCAUGCUGAAAAACAGACUCCGAUGGGGUGAUCCUAUGGCUCAUCUUGUCAAGCGCAAAGAUACAGACUUUCUUCUCAAUGACUUGGGAGAUGAUGAAAAGAUGAAGGAAUCCGGCUUUAUAGUUCCUCAAAAUGUACCUGCUCACAGCUGGCUGAAACGUGGGUUAGAUCCUCCUCCAAACCGUUAUGGCAUAAAACCCGGGCGUCAUUGGGAUGGAGUGGACCGCAGCAAUGGAUACGAGAUGGACAUGUACAAGCUAAAGAACGAUAAGCAGGCCACGGAGCAAGAGGCCUAUCUUUGGUCCGUGGCAGAUAUGUGAGCGCUGCAGCUGUUCCAGGAACAUGUCUUAUUAGUUGCUGAGGUUGUCCAAUGUGCCUGAAAGGAGAAGGAAGCCUUGUGAACUUUUAUUCUUCAAACACAUGGUGACCAGGAAUGAUUGAUCUGCUGAGUAGCCCUGUAGCUUGUUUCAAAGCUUGGUGGAGCAACAGUUUUGGUGUGCAUUUGCUGGAUACUUAAAACAUUUUGUAACAUGUAUGUAGGUGGAAAUAUGCUGAAAGAUUUUGUUUUGGCACAGAAGAGUUUUAGUGACAUUCUUCCUGUAUACAGCAUAUUAUUUUUUAGGCACGUUUUGUGUAACUUGAA